AUGGAGGGUUUGAUUUCGUGUUGGAGGUUCGGAUGUGCUCUGCUCCCAUCUGCCACUGCCGACGUAGCCGCCGCGGGUCGACGGUCGCCGCUGCCUCUGAUUCGCUUGGUGCAGGUCGGUAACGCUUGGUUCUGCCGGAUCCCUUCUCGCGCGAAAUGAAUAGGAAGCGGAGAGCGAGGUUCUCGACCUUCCGCCGCCCUGUCUGCUCGUUGUCCUUUGAACCGACGAAUCUAGUUUUGGAGCGUUUAGAAAAUGGGCAGCCGAGCCUCACCAGGUGAGCGUGAAAGAUUUUGAAGCACCCCGCUUGCAAAGCCACCAAAUUGGAACCCAGGCAUCGCCAUACCCUUGCGAAGCCCGGACUAAUUGAUUUUAUCAAAUAACAGAGCAGAAUAGAGGAGAAAAAAGGAAGGACCCAACAGGAAUUGAAUUCCAGUGAUGGAAAUCAAAGCAAGGCAAAAAGGAAGGCAAUAUGAUUUUUGUUUGGGUUCUUACAGAUGCUUCUUUUGGGGAGAAGGUGUCUUGUUUUCCUGGCAAAGAGAACAAAAAAUAUGAUAUGAGUUCUGCACAGUUGCCGGAAAUAGGCCAAAUUGAUCGAUUGCAGCAGAAUCCUGCUGGUGAACACUUCAGGGAAAGGAGGAAACGAGGAGAGGAAGAAAAAAAAGAUGAGAGUAGGUGAAAAAGAGGAACAGAUAUCUUUUUAUUUGGGAAAGAGGCCAUUUCCAUGCUUGCAGCUGUUGCCACUCAUAGGAUGUCUAACUAGAGAGAGAGAACUUAGUGGAGAAGUGACUCAUGCCCAGUUCAUAUUGCCAAUUAGUUUUGCUUGAAAGAUGAGAUCAAACAAAUGGGACCAUACAUAGAGGUCAACAGCUGAAUCAUUUUUUGGGAGAGGGACCAAAUUGAUUUCUUAUUGCCUUGCUGACCACAGUUCCAAUUCGCCUGGAUCAAGCUUAAACAUGACUUUAUGACAAAGCAGCCAGGUAAGGCCAAUAAUGGUGCAACACAUACCUAUGUUUAAUUUGACUUAUUAUUCCUCUAUUCUAUAUUCAAUGUCAACUAUGUAUCUCAGAAAAUGGAAAACAUGGAUCUAAUAGGUCAGAUGCAUAUCAGUUGUUAAAUUUAAUCUCAUUUUAAUCAGGAUUAAAAUACCUGUUAUCACUGGUUCUACUAAUUUUCUUAUAAGCUUGGCACUGAAGAGCAGAAGAAUGGACGUUUUUGGCAGUCUCAAGUCAUCUUCUAAUUGUUGACAGGGAAAUCAGGAGGUGAAGAAGAUACCAAGCAAUCUAAGAAUCCAAUAUCAAAAAAAGUAUCGAUCACAUGGAUUCCUGUAUCCAUCUGCCGACUCCGCCGACAUCCGUAGCGAUCGGUCAACAUGACAGGCAACGCGGUCUCCGCCUAACGGUUAAAUAAAGAUGGCCAAUGGCGAGAUCAUCGUCGUCCCCUUCCACGACUCCGGCCACGUCUUCCCGACCACCGAGCUUGCCAGCCGGCUCGCCUCCCGUGGUUACCGUGUCACCCUCCUCCUGCCGUCGGCUUCGUCCUCCUCCAGCGCCCUCCACCCUCUGAUCCGAAUCAUGGAGUACUCCAUGCCCCGACCUUCUGGUCCUCCUCUUUUGCCAUCGUCGUCAUUGUCCUUGUCUUGCGCUUCCCCGAGGCCACACUCCCGGAAUGACUGCUCUGCCUUCCGUGAUCUUCUUGCCGAGCGAUUUAAUGGCAGCGGCGACGAUAUGUCUCCCCCGGUGUGCGUCAUCGUUGACGUGAUGAUGAGCCAGCUGCUGGAUGUCUGUGGGGAAUUCGGGGUCCUCGCGGUUCUUUUUUUCACUUCCAGUGCGUGCUCGACCGCCAUGGAUCACGCCGCGUCAAAGCUAUCGACGGCGGACCUCGGCCCGGGUGGAAUGGUGAGUGUUCCCGGCUUGCCAGAGGAGAUGGUUCUGACGGCCGCCGAUCUGAUGAGUCAGGGCCCGCCACCGCUGCCUUUUGGAUCGCGGGAUCCUGCUUUCGAAGAGGAUGCGACUGGGGCGCAUGAUGCUUGGCCACCGCCUCCACGGGUUUGUCCGUCUUCACCGUUGCCCGGCCUCCAUGGACGUCCGCCACCGCCACCACCGGAUUUUGGACUUCAGUAUGUGCCGCUGCUUCCGCUUGGAUGGGGGCACCAAGAUGGACCUCCACCGCCACCACCGUUCCAACCGGGGCAUCAAGCUCGCCUUCCGCCGACUCAAAGCCGAGGGUUUCCAGUUGUCCCGCCACCGCCACCGUUUCUGCCAGGAGGCGGUUUUGCUUCACCAAAGCUUCCAAUCGGUGGAGGCUCUCCGCCUCAAGCUAAGCCAGCAACCCCGAGUGGCCCGCCGCUGUUCCGGCUAGGAGAAGGCGGCGGUCCAACCCCACCACCAGGGCCAUGGCGCGGAGGAGGCCCGCAACAUGACCUCGCAGAAACCAAGGCAAUCGCGCUUCUGUUCAACACCUGUGAUGCUCUGGAGCGGCCGUUCCUGGACUACGUCGCCGACGAAGCCAAGAAGCCGGUCUGGGGCAUCGGCCCUCUCCUCCCUUCCCAAUAUUGGUCCGCCACCGGCUCCGUCAUCCGCGACAAUGCCAUCAGGCCCAAGGGCCGCGGAGACGGAGACGCCGCCAUCGCCUCCGAGACCGACGUCCUCGAGUUCCUCGACUCCAAGCCCCGUGGCUCGGUGAUUUACAUCUCCUUCGGGUCCCUGGUCGUCCCCAGCGACGCGGAGCUUGCAGCACUGGCGUCAGCCCUGGAGGAGUCGAGUCGGCCGUUCAUCUGGGCCAUCCAACCACGGGCCAUGAGGCACGACGCGGAUGGGCGGCCUGUGGAGGUGGGCGGCGGGGUGGGUUACUUCCCGGAAGGGUUGGCGGAGCGGGCGGCGGGGAGGGGGCUCGUGAUCCACGGGUGGGCGCCGCAGCUCCUGAUACUAAGCCACCCAGCCACCGGGGGUUUCGUGACGCACUGCGGGUGGAACUCGACGGUGGAGGUGCUCGGCCGCGGGGUCCCCGUGCUGACGUGGCCGGUGCACGGGGACCAGGUCUGGAACGCUAAGCUCGUGGUGAGGAGGCUGAGGACGGGGCUGGCGAUCAAGGACGAGCGCGGGGCGGUGACGAAGGCGAAGGUGGCAGAGGCGAUCGAGCGGUUGAUGUCGGACGUGGGGACGAGGGAGCGGGCAGCGGCGCUGGCAGCAGGGCUGUUCGCGGGAGGCUUCCCUGCGAGCUCCGAGGCCGCUUUGGAUGCUCUGCUGGAUUUCGUGGCGGCGAAGUGUCAGAGAAAAUGAACCAGGAUGACCGUUGAGAUCUCCAUGGCGGCAUGAUGACAGCCGUCGAUUAUACUUACGCUGUAAAAUGAUCACGGCCUGUAAAAUGAUUACUAUAGCAAUCUAUAUUAUGCGUCUGUCUAUAACUA